AUGAGCUGGACCCGCAGGCGGGCCCGGUUGUUGCUGCCCCCCCGGCAAAGAAUUGAAAUCCAUAAGCUGCGCCAAGGUGACAAUUUGAUUCUGGGAUUCAGCAUUGGAGGUGGCAUUGACCAGGACCCUACUCAGAACCCAUUCUCUGAAGACAAGACUGACAAGGGCAUCUAUGUAACAAGGGUGACAGAAGGUGGCCCAGCAGAAGUUGCAGGACUUCAGAUUGGAGAUAAGAUCAUGCAGGUGAAUGGCUGGGAUAUGACAAUGGUGACCCAUGACCAGGCUAGGAAGAGGCUGACAAAAAGGAAUGAAGAAGUGGUGAGGCUGCUGGUGACCAGGCAGUCCCUGCAGAAGGCUGUGCAACAAUCCAUGAUGUCCUAACCCAUCCAUCAGCAGGUUGGGGAAGGGUUGGGGAGGGAGAUACAGACUAUCAAGCAAGGGAGCAAAUGCCUGAACAGGUUAUCUGGAAAAGAGUGCAUGUUCUUAACUGUGGUAAACACUAUUUUAAUAUUAUUUUCUUUCUCUGGUGUAACUGGCAGUAGCAAAACUCUAGUCCCCCCA